GUGGCAAAUGCAAAAUAUUGAGAGAGAGAGAGAGAUGUCCUGCUUUGUAGGAGGCAACUUAAAGAGGGAAAGGUUCACCUUUCAAGGAUGGAGAAUUCAGAAUGCAACAAGUUUUCUCUCUCUUUUCAUUGAGAACCCUAAACUACUUUCUCCAGGGUUUUUAAUAUUCACGGCGGGCAGUUACGGCGGAGUGGAGUUUCCGGCGUGCGUUUUGACAUUAAUAUAUCUUAGCUGGAAGUUCAUUUUUGGCAUGGCCACCGUAACUGCUCUGUCCCCAGAUUCCAAUACACCACCACCAGAUUCAUUAGGCAAUAAAACAACAAAUUCAUCAUUUUCACCACCACCUUCAACCUCGUCAAUCCCAUCGUCCCCACCAUCAGCAUCAUCUCCCCCACCGUCCCCACCACCUCCAUCACCGCCAUUUCCACCACCAUCAUCACCACCACCAUCACCGCCACCAUCACCGCCACCAACUUCCCCUCCACCAACAAAAACGUCUCCACCCCCCGCUUCUACUCCUUCCCCGCCACCGCCAGUGCAACCCCUACCUCCAAAGAGAUCACCCUCACCGCCUCCACCUGGUGGCUCACCACCUCCACCUGGUGCCUCACCGCCCGCACCCCCCCCACCAAUAUCACCACCUCCUCCUGUAGGUGCUUCCCCACCACAACCUUCCACAAACACCAUGCUUCCCAGAUCACCCACAUUGGCUUCCCCACCGCCACCCAUAGGGCAAACACCACGAUCUUCCUUUGUGCCUCCCCCGCCACCCCCCGGGGUAUCAAACCAGUCGCCACCUCCGCCAAAUAAAUCUCCGGCCUCUGUUGGAUCAACACCUUCGUCUAGUUCACCAUCUUCACCAACAUCAUCAUCUUAUUCCUCCUCAAAUAAUACUGCGAUCAUUGUAGGAGUAGUCGCAGCCGGCGUCCUGAUUGUUGUUGCGGUCAUCAUUUGUGUGACGUGUUUCACAAGGAAGAGGAAAAGAAAACAUCACUAUAUGGAUACUCCCCCUGGAGCUAAAGGUGACUACUUCAACGGUACUUUAACAAACUGGAACACUCCAACCCAAGGAGACCACAUUGUUAGGCUUCCUCCACCACCGGGUAUAAUGGGGACACCCCAAGGUGGUGUGCCUGGCUGGGCCCCGCCACCUCCACCACCUGCAGCAAACACAAGUAGCGAAUACAGCUCCGGCAUUUCUGGAAAUCACCAUACCCCUACGCAACCUCAAUCCCCGUUGGGCCUUGGCAACAGCCAAAGCAGUUUCACUUACGAGGAGCUAGCUAAGGCCACGGGUGGCUUUUCUCAGGCUAAUUUGUUGGGUCAAGGCGGGUUCGGGUUUGUACACAAGGGCGUGCUACCUAAUGGAAAAGAGGUAGCAGUUAAGAGUCUUAAGGUGGGUAGUGGGCAAGGAGAGAGGGAGUUUCAAGCUGAGGUUGACAUUAUUAGUCGCGUCCAUCAUCGCCAUCUGGUGUCGCUUGUGGGGUAUUGCAUUGUUGAUGGUCAACGGAUGUUGGUCUAUGAGUUUGUUCCUAACAAAACCAUGGAAUAUCACCUUCAUGGGAAAGGUCAGCCGACCAUGGACUGGGCAACAAGGUUGCGAAUUGCUUUGGGAUCAGCCAAAGGGCUUGCGUACCUUCACGAAGACUGCCAUCCUAAAAUUAUCCACCGAGACAUCAAAGCUGCCAACAUUCUCCUCGACUACAACUUCGAAGCCAUGGUUGCAGAUUUUGGAUUGGCUAAACUAUCUUCUGAUAACUAUACUCAUGUCUCUACACGAGUAAUGGGGACCUUUGGGUACUUGGCUCCAGAGUAUGCCUCAAGCGGCAAGUUAUCAGAGAAAUCUGAUGUUUUCUCCUUUGGAGUCAUGCUUUUGGAACUCAUAACUGGUCGACGACCUGUAGAUCUUACCAAUAAAACCAUGGAAGACAGCUUAGUUGAUUGGGCUAGGCGACUCCUAUCACGCGCGACGGAAGAUGGAAACUACGACGAGCUAGUGGAUCCACAUCUAGAGAAUAACUAUGUACCCCUUGAGAUGGCACGCGUGGUUUCUUGUGCUGCUGCCAGCAUCCGUCAUUCUGCGAGAAGGCGCCCAAAGAUGAGCCAGAUUGUGCGGGCAUUAGAAGGUGACUCAUCACUAGACGACUUAAAUGAGGGUGUAAAACCAGGCCAAAGUUCCACCUACAGCUCAAAUGAAAGCUCCAGCACCCCAUCAGCAUAUGAUACGGGUGCAUACAAUGCUGACAUGCUGAAGUUCAGAAAAAUGGUACUAUCAAGCCAUGAUUUCAGCAGCAGCGAAUAUGGAGCAACAAGCGAGUACGGGCUCAAUCCCUCAACUUCCAGCAGUGAGGAAAUGGGUCACUCUGGGAUCACGAGGGACAAAAUUUAGAGUAGGCACAAUCACAAAUCACAUA